CCGAAAAAGCAAUUCAAACUCUCCCACUCCAACACUCCCCCAAGCUCAGAACCCAUAAACCCUAAAUCUUCAUUUCUUUUCAUCUCCGAAACCCUAACACUCGAAAACUGUAAAACCCUUAAACCCUAAUCUUUCUCUCUCUCUACCCAUGUUCUCUCCUGCGACGAAGAGGCCCAACUUCAGCUCCCGGAAAGACCGAAAUCUAGGGCAAGCAGUGCCCAAUUCUCCCAUAACUCCACUCACAGAGAAUCGAAGAUCUUUAAACGAAAAUUCAAUCCCUCAUCGCCCCUCCACUGGCACCCCCGCUCCAUGGACCUCUCGCUUAUCGGUCUACGCCAGGAUUCCACAAUUGAAGAAAAGUGAGAAGGGGGAUGAGAUUGAUCCAGUUCAGCCUGUAUAUGUUGGAGAGUUUCCUCAAGUAGUUCGUGAUGAACAAGCAAGUUUCUUGCAGAAGUGUGUUCCUGGCGAUGCAUCCAUUUUUGGUGGAAUGGACAAGGGAACAGCCCUUUCUUGGAUUAUCUGUGGAAACAAACUCUUCAUCUGGAGUUACUUGACAUCUGUGGCUUCUAAAAAAUGCGUUGUUCUCGAGCUCCCAUCAGAUGAAAAUGGAGAUGUAAGCAGGAAUAACUAUCAUGCUAACAGUUGGUUACUCUGUGUUGUGGAUUGGCAUGGCACAUUUAGGAGUGUGGGCAAACAACAGGGCAACUCUGCUGGUGUUGUUUUAUGUAACCAGAAAACUCGCGCUGUUGUAUACUGGCCAGACAUCUAUGCUCAAGGAGAUGUUGCUCCUGUUAUCAGUUUUGCAUCUUCUGACGGAUCAGAGUUAAACUUUUCACCUGGCAAUGGGAAAAUCACUCCAAACAAGCUGUGGCAACAUAGCAGGCUUGGGAGUAAUUCAAUUGGAUCAAGCUCUUUUAACUCGUUGAUUGCUUCUGCAGUCCCUGAUACCCAGCACAAAUGUAUUGCGCUUGCAUCUAGUUCCAAUGGUGAGCUUUGGCAGUUUCAGUGCAGCCCUACUGGAAUUCACCGUAAGCAAAUUUAUCAAGAGAUUCUCGGUUCAUCUUCCCAAAGCAAUGACAGUGGUAAUCCCAGUCCCAUAAGGAGCAAAGGAUAUCCAAAGUCACUAACUUGGCGUCAUUCAUCUCUUUCUUUGGAGAAAUCUAAUAGGCAAUUCUUUCUAUUGACAGAUAACGAGAUACAAUGUUUUAUUGUUAAUUUUUCUCCUGAUUUAAAUGUUACAAAGCUCUGGUCUCAUGAGAUUAUUGGCACUGAUGGUGAUUUGGGUAUCAAGAAGGAUCUGGCUGGUCAGAAGCGAAUCUGGCCACUAGACGUGCAGGUAGAUGCUCAUGGUAAAGUUAUUACUAUUCUUGUUGCUACAUUUUGUAAGGACCGAGUUAGCAGCUCAAGCUACACACAGUAUUCACUUCUGACCAUGCAAUAUAAAUCUGGGAUUAAUAUCUCAGAAUCUGUUGAACCAAUCCAUGAAACAAUUUUAGAGAAAAAAUCCCCCGUCCAAGUGAUAAUCCCGAAAGCAAGAGUAGAAAAGGAAGACUUCCUGUUCUCCAUGAAGCUGCGUGUAGGGGGCAAGCCGUCUGGAUCUGCAGUCAUACUUUCUGAGGAUGGAACUGCAACAGUUUCCCAUUACUAUGGAAACUCUACUCGACUCUAUCAAUUUGAUCUACCUUAUGAUGCUGGAAAAGUUCUAGAUGCUUCAGUAUUUCCUUCUACAGAUGAUGGUGAAGAUGGUGCAUGGGUUGUAUUAACCGAAAAAGCAGGGGUAUGGGCAAUACCAGAAAAGGCUGUUUUACUCGGUGGAGUUGAACCACCUGAGCGGAGUCUGUCACGUAAAGGGAGCUCAAACGAAGGAUCUGCACAGGAGGAGAGAAGAAAUCUCGCGUUUGCAACUAAUAUUGCUCCUAGAAGAGCUAGUUCUGAAGCUUGGGAUGCUGGAGAUAGACAAAGGGCAGCUUUGACAGGGGUUGCUCGUCGAACUGCUCGUGAUGAAGAAUCUGAAGCUUUACUCGGUCAUCUUUUCCAUGAUUUUCUUUUAUCUGGGCAAGUUGAUGAUUCACUUGAAAAGCUUCGAAAUUGUGGGGCCUUUGAAAGGGAUGGAGAAACAAAUGUCUUUGCCCGGACAAGCAAAUCAAUUGUUGACACCCUUGCUAAACACUGGACAACAACUAGAGGUGCUGAGAUUGUGGCUAUGGCUGUUGUGUCAACUCAACUUUCAGAUAAGCAGCAGAAGCAUAAAAAGUUUCUCCAGUUUCUUGCUCUGUCCAGGUGCCAUGAGGAACUGUGUUCUAAACAGACAGGGGAAUCCUUGCAAAUUAUCAUGGAACAUGGUGAAAAGCUCAUUGGCAUGAUUCAACUGAGAGAACUGCAAAACAUGAUUAGCCAGAACCGUUUAGCUGGAGCUGGCUCUCCAUAUUCUAGUUCAGAAAGUGGAAUUUCAGGUUCUCUUUGGGAUCUGAUUCAAUUAGUUGGUGAGAGAGCACGCAGAAAUACUGUUCUUCUGAUGGAUAGGGAUAAUGCCGAAGUAUUCUACAGUAAGGUUUCUGAUAUUGAAGAAGUAUUUUAUUGCCUAGACAGACAGCUAGAAUAUGUAAUCAGUGCAGAGCUGCCGCUAAUGGUUCAGAUCCAGAGAGCCUGUGAACUCUCAAAUGCAUGUGUGACUCUGAUUCAGGCUGCCACACACUAUAAAAAUGAGAAUCACAUAUGGUACCCCUCACCUGAGGGCUUAACACCUUGGUAUUGUCAACCUGUGGUGCGUAAUGGGCAGUGGAGUGUUGCUUCUUUCAUGCUUCAGCUGUUAAAUGAUAGAACUGGACUGGAUAUGUCUCUAAAGUCAGAUUUAUAUUCUAAUCUUGAAGCAUUGGCCGAAGUUCUGCUUGAGGCAUAUACUGGUGCUAUCACAGCAAAAGUUGAGCGUGGAGAGGAACACAAAGGUCUAUUAAAUGAGUAUUGGAAUAGGAGGGACACCCUUCUUAACUCCCUUUAUCAAGUAGUCAAAGGUUUUGUGGAAUCUGGUUACCAGGAUUCAAAUGAAGGAAUUGAGGAGCAAAAGGAAGUGAUCCUCAAAAAGUCAUCUUCGUCUUUGCUGUCUAUUGCAAAAAGACACGAAGGUUACCUGACUUUGUGGAAUAUAUGUUGUGACCUUAAUGAUGCAGUGCUACUUAGAAAUAUUAUGCAUGAGAGCAUGGGACCUAAAGCAGGGUUUAGUUACUUUGUGUUUCGACAACUGUAUGAAAGCAGACAGUUCUCGAAGCUGCUAAGGCUUGGGGAAGAGUUCCAAGAAGACCUAUCUAUUUUUCUACAGGAACAUCAGGAUCUUCGGUGGCUUCAUGAAUUGUUCCUUCAUCAAUUUUCAUCAGCUUCAGAAACUCUUCAGUUAUUAGCACUUUCUCAAGAUGGGAGCUCAAUUUCAUCGGCUGAGAAGGGGAUAAACCCUGACUCUGGCACUUCAGGGAAAAAAUUGGUAGAAAGAAGACGUCUUCUGAAUCUCUCAAAGAUAGCUGUGUUGGCAGGUAAGGAUGCUGACUAUGAAACCAAGAUAAAGCGCAUUGAGGCUGAUUUGAAGAUUCUGAAAUUGCAGGAAGAAAUUAUAAGACUUCUUCCCAGUGAUGAAGUGGUGGAAAAAGGCAUGGAACAGCGGCUCCUCCCUCCAAGAGACCUCAUUGAGCUGUGCCUCAAAGCAGAAAUCCCAGAGCUCCCGUUGUUGGCUUUUGAAGUGUUGGCAUGGACCAGCUCCUCCUUUAGGAAAGCUAACCGAAGCCUUUUGGAGGAGUGCUGGAAGUGUGCUGCCAAUCAGGAUGACUGGGGUAAACUCUAUGAAGCAUCUGUAGCUGAAGGGUGGAGCGAUGAGGACACCUUACGGGUACUGAGAGAAACCAUGCUUUUCCAGGCCUCAAACAGGUGUUAUGGACCCGGAACAGAAACUUUCGAAGGAGGGUUUGAUGAAGUCCUGGUACUGAGACAGGAAAACAUGGAAAUCCCAAAUUUGAAGGAUUCGGGUUCUUCUGUGGAAACAAUUCUGAUGCAGCACAAAGAUUUCCCAGAUGCAGGAAAGCUAAUGCUGACUGCAGUCAUGAUGGGUAGUGUAGAGAUCGAUGUAAGAUCAUACGAGGGUCCUUCCCCAAUGGAGUAAUGUUCAAGUUUAUCGAUGAUUCUUCUUCUUAAGGUGGUCUUCUCAGUGAAGUUGUGCUAAUCUUUAUCCUCCUCGGGCUGUCUAAUUCAAGAAGAAACCAAUCAAACAAUCGGCACAACACUUGAAUGGGUCUGCUUAGCUCACUGGAUCAGAUUUUUGGGCUCUUUCAACAGCUCCUCGGUGCCAUAGACUUGGGAUAUAACCUUACUGGAAGGACUGGGCUGCAACUCAAAGGUCUUGUCUAUACAAUCCCACCUCAAAUUGAAUGUUGUCAACUUGAAAUUAAUUUGGUGGAAGGAAAAUGUUAGUUGCAUCCCUACCUCUAUCUUCUUUUCCCCUGCUAACUGGCUGAUAGGGUAGUUACUAAAUGUCCAAAUGCAUUUGCAUUUAAGUGCCAUUAAGCAAGUUUUUUACAUUUAGCAUAAUCCUUUGCUAGAAUUUCGGUGGGUUGAGUAAAAUAGAGAUUUAAUUCGUCUUUAGGCUUAUACUUGUCAUUUGAUGUAAUAUUCAGCUACAUGCUGAUACCCAAUGAAUUUAGUAGACUUGAUGAGAAGCGAGUUUUUACAAAAUAAUGCCCUUCGGAUAUCAUAUUACUAAUGUAUCAUAAGUUUUUUUCACCUCAAA